AUGGGGAGAGAGAGAGAUUCGGCUUCAGCACUCGUAGAAUCGUCGUUGUCGCUGUCGUCUUUCAGCAUUCAUCUUUCGUUCCUUACCUUGAUUCCUGUCCCUGGCGUCGAAAUUCUCCCUUCUCUUGGUUGCGCCGUUGCAACAAGUCUGCAGCAGUACUUGUACCUGCUGGAUACUGUGACUCGCCACGCCCGUCGGGGCUCUCUACAUCGUACCGCCAUGUACCCGGCCCGCUUUGCGUUGUACCCCGUCGUUUUCGGCCAGCCGCCAGGUCGCCCUCUUUUGCGGCACUUGAGCAGCCAGGGGCACGGCGAGAACGCGAAUUUGCUCAGCCAGCCUAGCGCUUGUGUCGCCGCCUGCGACAGUUGGUACCCGGUGUGGGUUUCGAUCUCUGCUUUGGGGGCUUCUCUCACGAUCUCUCUCGGGUCCUGUCAGAAGUCAGAAACCGCGCCCCUCCCCCUUCUGGAGCCAGUUUCUCUUAGUGCGGCUCCGUAUCAGGAAGCCCGCUUCUGCUUGCUGCCACGCCCGACUCCGUAUUUCGACACCUGUCGAACUCUCGAGCUUCUCCCGCCGUCCGCACCACAGCUAUUCACCCUGGCUUCCCAAAGGCACCCGGCCGGCUCCUCGAGCUCCUUCAACGACCGGCCUGUGCCGUCACAUCACCGGCGGCGCUCUUCGGCUGGCAGCCACUCUCUAAGCGAGGUGCGCGCUGGUAACCUGCUGUCCAUCCAUCCUCGCACAGCCAACCAGGCCCAGCUGUCCCCUAUCGUCGGCACGCCCGCCGACCCAAUGUCUCUGUCCCGAAGCCCGUCGCCUGUCCCAGGUGGGGGGUGGUCGAGUCCCGGCUUGAAUAUCAACAGCGGCCGCUCAAGUCCUUCCAAUGCCGCCGGCAGCUCUUGGGAAUCCGCCAAGAUGAGGAAGCAAGGAGGUGCCAACGGCUACCCUUCCUUCUCGACGCAGAACCAGGGCUUCUUCACCCGACACAUGCGCCGCAUAUCCAGUAGUCUGCCACGAUUCAAUUCUGGCCCGGGCAACACCUAUGCCGAGAGGGAAAAGUAUGAACGAGGAGGACACAUCCAGAACGGCGGAAGGAUACGAUCCUUGGCUGCCCGCAUUGGCAGGAGGCUCAAGUGGAGGCUUCUUCUUCCCCUAAUCAUACUUUCCACCAUUGUGGUUUAUUAUGGCACCCAUGAGGCCCCUGGCUUCGUUCACUGGUGGCGACGGAUUACUCUGGGCGGCGGCGGCGAGAAAUUCGUCAUAAUUCUGGCUGCCAACGUCGGCGGAGGUGUCAUGGAAUGGAAGGGCGCUCGGGAAUGGGCCAUUGAACGAGACAGCGUACGCAACAAGCGGAAAUAUGCCACACGAUGGGGCUACGACCUGGAAAUUGUCGACAUGAAGACCAAGAAGCGGUAUGCCCACGAAUGGCGAGAAAGCUGGGAAAAGGUCGACUUUAUACGGACUGCGAUGCGGAAAUACCCCAAUGCCGAAUGGUUCUGGUGGUUGGAUCUCAACACCUACAUCAUGGAGCCUUCAUACUCUCUUCAACAUCAUAUGUUUAACCACCUCGACCGCCACGUGUACCGCGACAUCAACGUCUUCAACCCUCUCAACAUCACCCAUCCCCUCACGGAUGAAUAUUUGGAUGCAGACGCGCGAAGCCCCGUAGGCGAUGGCAACAUCAAUUCCGUGAACCUUAUGCUCACCCAGGAUUGUUCCGGAUUCAACUUGGGUUCCUUCUUCAUUCGACGCAGCGCUUGGACUGAACAACUUUUGGAUAUUUGGUGGGACCCAGUGCUGUAUGAGCAAAAGCACAUGGAAUGGGAGCACAAGGAACAAGACGCUCUCGAGCAACUGUACCGGACUCAGCCCUGGAUUCGACAACACACUGGCUUCUUACCGCAGCGAUUGAUCAACAGCUUCCCUACCGCUGCGUGUGGAGACGAAUCCGGCCAGAACAACACCAGGAUACACUACAAUGAAAAAGAUCGCGACUUCGUAGUUAAUAUGGCUGGCUGCGAAUGGGGCCGCGAUUGCUGGGGUGAGAUGUAUCACUACCGGGAGUUCAGCUACUGGCUCAACCGAAACCCUUGGGAGCUCUUCAAGGAGGAGAUUGUGGCCCUCAUCUGGUACAAACUCACUGGCCAGAGAGUCAAGCUAUAA